AUGAGUAAAGUUAAGGUAGUUAAUCCCAUCGUUGAGAUGGAUGGUGAUGAACAGACAAGAAUUAUCUGGCAUUUAAUUCGUGAGAAACUAAUUUUACCAUUCUUGGAUGUUGAUUUGAAGUAUUACGACUUGUCUAUCGAAUACAGAGAUGAGACCAAUGAUAAGGUCACCGAAGAUAGUGCCUUGGCUACUUUGAAGUAUGGUGUUGCGGUUAAAUGUGCUACAAUCACCCCUGAUGAGGCUCGUGUUGAGGAAUUCAACUUGAAGGAGAUGUGGAAAUCGCCAAAUGGUACUAUUAGAAACAUUUUGGGUGGUACUGUGUUCAGAGAACCCAUUGUUAUUCCUAGAAUCCCAAAAUUGGUCCCACAAUGGAAGGAACCUAUAAUCAUUGGUAGGCACGCCUUCGGCGACCAGUAUAGGGCCACCGAUGUCGUUAUCCCAGAUGAAGGUGAAGUUCGACUAGUGUACAAAUCAAAGGAUGGUAAAACUGAUAUCGAUAUUCCUGUUUAUAAUUUCCCUAAAGAAGGCGGUGUUGCUAUGAUGAUGUAUAAUACUACUGAAUCUAUCCGUGGGUUUGCUAGAGCUUCUUUUAAUAUGGCUUUGGAACAUGAAAUGCCACUAUAUUCUACUACUAAAAACACCAUCUUAAAGAAAUACGAUGGUAAAUUCAAGGACACAUUUGAGUCUAUGUAUGAAGCCGAGUAUAAAGAACAAUUUGAGGCCAAAGGUAUCUGGUAUGAGCAUCGUUUAAUCGAUGAUAUGGUCGCGCAAAUGUUGAAAUCUAAAGGUGGUUUUAUUAUUGCCAUGAAGAAUUACGACGGUGACGUUGAAUCUGAUAUUGUUGCCCAAGGCUUUGGUUCCCUAGGUCUAAUGACUUCUGUACUAAUCAGUCCAGACGGUAAAACUUUUGAGAGUGAAGCUGCUCAUGGUACUGUCACUAGGCAUUACAGACAACAUCAACAGGGUAAAGAAACUUCCACUAACUCGAUUGCAUCCAUCUUUGCUUGGACUAGAGGUAUUAUCCAAAGAGGUAAGUUAGAUGAGACCGCAGAUGUAGUCAAAUUUGGUGAAUUGCUAGAAAGAGCAACAGUUGACACUGUUCAAGAGGAUGGCAUCAUGACGAAGGAUUUAGCUUUAAUUCUAGGUAAAACCGACAGGUCGGCUUAUGUUACUACUGAGGAAUUUAUUGAUGCAGUGGAAAAUCGGAUAAAAUCAGAGUUCCAAAAGAACUUUUAA